GGAUGACGUCCCCAGCUUGACGCGGCUCUCCUCCAGUUGGUUUGGGGCUCGUGAGUGCAGUUCAGUCUGUUGUCCAGGCGGCUGCGCGUGCUGGCGUGCCUGGCUGCAGUAUAUAAAGGCGGCCAACGGUCAGAAAUCACAACGGUCAAGCCGCUCAGAGACGUUCACGGCGCCGCUAACACUCCCCCCCAAAACCCGUACAGUCCUCCGCUCCACCACCGGCACCUGUGUCCCCUCACAAGCCGGCAGAGAGGGGGGUCCAGAGCGGGGCGACACAGCAAGGACCGACCAGCAUGGACCCCCAAGCGAAGGAGCGAACCGGCCCGGCGGCGGGGGGCUUCAGCGGGCGCCUGGCCUCUCUGGGAGCCGACGGGGGCGACUCGGAGUCCGGAGCCGGCUCGGAGGAAGCUGGCGUGGGCUGCUGCAGCGACACGUUCAGCAGUCUGCCCGACAUGGAGCAGGAGACGCUGGAGGAGAAACUCAGAGGACUGGCGUUUAGAAAACAGACCUCGUAUCGGAAAGCGAUCUCCCGUUCAGGCCUCCAGCACCUCGGGCCACCCCAACCCUGCCUGCCUCCUGCAUCCAAUGGGCCCAACAAGGAGCUGCGCACCUGUGUGGACUGGACGGAGAACGCAGUGAACGGGGAUCACCUGUGGAUGGAGACCAGUUGUUCAGGAGAGCUCUGUUAUCUCGGAGAGGACACCUGCCUGCUAAAGACUGCAAAGUCGGCUCCCAGGAGGAAAUGUGCUGCCUGUAAGAUCGUUGUUCACUCCGGCUGCAUAGAGCAACUAGAAAAGAUUAACUUCAGAUGUAAGCCAACCUUCAGAGAGGGAGGAUCGCGGUGCCUCCGAGAUCAGAACAUCCUGAGACAUCACUGGGUUCACAGACGGAGACAGGAGGGGAAGUGUCGACAGUGUGGAAAGAGUUUUCAACAGAAGUUCUUCCACAGUAAAGAAAUAAUCGCCAUCAGCUGUUCCUGGUGUAAACAAGCGUUCCACAAUAAGGUGACGUGUUUCAUGCUGCACCAGAUUGAGGAGCCGUGUUCACUCGGGGCCCACGCUGGAGUCAUAGUACCGCCCUCCUGGAUCAUCAAAGUCAGGAAACCACAGAGCUCACUUAAGAACUCUGCCAGGAGAAAAAAGCGGACAUCUUUCAAACGAAGGACAAGCAAGAAGGGACUGGAUGAGUCCAAAUGGCGUCCGUUCAUGUUGAAGCCUCUCCCUUCACCUCUCAUGAAGCCCAUCUUGGUUUUUGUCAAUCCCAAAAGUGGAGGCAACCAGGGUGCCAAGGUGUUACAGAUGUUCAUGUGGAUCUUGAACCCUCGACAAGUGUUUGACCUGUCACAGGGGGGGCUGCGAGAGGCGUUGGAGUUGUAUCGGAAAGUGCCAAAUCUGAGGAUCCUUGCCUGCGGAGGGGACGGCACGGUGGGGUGGAUCCUGUCCGCUCUCGACGAGCUGCAGAUGAACCCCCAGCCUCCGGUCGCUGUUCUUCCUCUGGGAACAGGAAAUGACCUCGCCAGGACGCUCAACUGGGGUGGGGGUUACACAGACGAGCCGGUGUCCAAGGUCUUAUGUCAUGUGGAGGACGGUUCAGUGGUGCAGCUGGACAGGUGGAACCUCCUGGUGGAGAAAGGUGCUGGGCAGCCAGAGGAGGGCACACAGAAGCUGCCUCUGAAUGUGUUCAACAACUACUUCAGCCUGGGCUUCGACGCUCACGUCACCCUGGAGUUCCACGAGUCCAGAGAGGCCAACCCAGAAAAGUUUAACAGUCGCUUCCGCAACAAGAUGUUCUAUGCAGGAGCUGCGUUCUCAGAUUUCCUCCAGAGAAGCUCGAGGGAUUUGUCCAAGCACGUCAGAGUGGUGUGUGACGGUACCGAUCUGACUCCCAAGAUCCAGGAGCUGAAAUUCCAGUGCAUUGUGUUUCUAAACAUUCCCAGGUACUGUGCUGGCACCAUGCCGUGGGGAAACACAGGCGACCAUCGGGACUUUGAGCCGCAGCGCCAUGACGACGGCUGCAUCGAGGUUAUUGGCUUCACCAUGGCCUCACUGGCAGCGCUACAGGUCGGCGGUCAUGGAGAGAGAUUGCACCAGUGCAGAGAAGUCGUCCUCACCACAUUCAAGACUGUACCUGUUCAGGUGGACGGUGAGCCGUGUCGACUGGCUCCCUCCACGCUCCGCAUCUCCCUCCGAAAUCAGGCCAACAUGGUCCAGAAGAGCAAGAGACGCACCUCUGUGCCCCUGCUCAACGAUAUUCAGAAGGUGUGUGCAGCUGAUCUGCGCCGCCUCUCUGCUCCCCCCGACUCCUUCUCUGUCCCUCACGCAGUUCCUGAUCGUCUGCGUCUUCGAGUGAAUCGGAUCAGCCUCCAGGAGUACGACAGACUGCAGUAUGACAAGGAACGACUACGAGACAUCUCCAUCCCAGUAGGCAUUGUGGUGGUGAGGGGCGACUGUGACCUGGAGACAUGCAGACUCUAUAUUGACAGAUUACAGGAGGACUUACACCAGGCGCCAUCUACUGGCCACAGAGUGCACUAUCAGGAUGAGAGCAGAGGCGUCCCCAGGACCAGUUCAACCAGCAGACUCUCUCCCAACUGGAGCUUCUUGGACUCCACAUCAGCCGACCGCUUCUAUCGCAUCGACAAGGCUCAGGAGCACCUCCACUUUGUGACAGAGAUCUGUCAGGAUGAGGUGUUUAUCCUGGACCACGAGGGACCAGUGGUGAGCCAGGGGUCGUCCACGGGGAUGCCGGAUCUAGUGGUGGAGCCCACUGCUGGUGUUCCCUUGACGCCCGAUGAACAAGCUCUGCUGACAGCUGCCAGUACAGGAGAUCUGUCAAUGCUGUCGGAGUGUGUGCGCCGAGGUGUCAGCUUGUUGGUCAGAGACUCCGGAGGUUGUUCAGCGUUACAUAUAGCCGCCCAGAACGGACACACAGAGCUGGUCAGCUUCAUACUGCAGCAGGGCUCUAAGGUGCUCCUGGAUUUGACAGACAAAGAGAAGUAUGUUGGAGGGGACACUGCCUUGCACAAAGCAGCCUCGGAGAAGCAGCACGCCGUGUGUCGACUGCUAGUGGAGGCCGGGGCGUCGCUCGAGAAGACCAACUUCCAGGGGAAGACACCAGCGGACCAAGCAGAGGGAGACUCGGAGCUCGCCACCUUCCUGAACGCCCAACAGCACACGUCCUCUGCCACCCACGAAGACUUGGAGACGGCUGUCUGAGGCGCACACGCACACUCUCACACACACACGCACUCGCUCGGUCUCUCUGGACUCUGCGCACACUCGUAGUGGAGACGAAUCUGGGAGAGAAGAGUGUUUAAAAAAAACCAAACGAUCAGAGUCUGGUUUGUCUCUGCAGAGAUGAACGGGACAGAUCAGAGGAGUGAACUGCUUCAGCUCACAGCAGCACCGCAGUGGAGAUUUUAAUGGUCAACUAUUUAUUUGUAUUUAUUUAUUCAUAUUCUAUUUAUUGGUUGUGCUGAUUGAUUGAUUGAUUGAUCGUUGGACUUUUAACGGUUCAGGAUGCAAGUGCACUUUGAGCAGCCGUGGUGAGUUCACUUGUCGUUUAGGAGAGACGAACUCAAGAAAACAUAUUUUAUUUCGGUCACAGUUCAUAUUUGAAGAAUGGGUUCACUCAGUAAAAAAAUAUGUGUUGAUCAAGUAUUUAAAAUCAGUUAGAAAUUACUUCUGCUGAAAAUAAUUAAAAUGACAUAAAUACUUAAGUUUUAUAUGUGUUUGCCCCAUAAAACCUGUGUGCCAAAGACACUGAUGUAGUGUCAUAUCUGUCUCAGUAAUGUUCCCACAAGCUGUCACAGUGGUUUCUUUUCACAUUCUCAUAAAUCUUCAAAAUGUUGCUUUCAUACCAAACAAUGUAAUGUUAAUGUUAUUGAUCACAUUACAGGGUCAACGGAGGGCUGUGAACAUUACAAAGCUAAAAAAAAAAAAAUCUAAUUUCAGCUGUCUCACAUUAGUUUAAGUACAGAAGAAAGGAACAAUGAAUCUUAAUUAAAAACCAGAGCUACAAAUUGCCUCUCAAGUGAAACUGUUUCUCCGACUCAGCUGACCUGAUAACUGAGUGCCUGUUACUCCACUAAUUCCUAACCCUUGGGGGCAGUGUUGUAGUCAAGACCACUUAAACUUAAACCAGACUUGAGGUUGAGGCUGAUUUUUAUUUGUAAUAAAGCUCUACGCAGAGCUGACGCUGUAGCUUACACAAGUGGCCUGUGUUGUAAUGAGCAUUUAUACUUGUUGGAUGGUGUGUCUGCGUCGUUCUGCACUUACGCCUCCAAAACACUAGAUGGCGGUGGAACCUUUAUGUCUCUGUUUUGAUCUUCUGCAACGUUUAAUUUGUCUGCUCCAUUAUAACUCACAAAGUUCACAGACAGAACAACUGUCUUAUACUAGACAUGUUUUCCCCACAAAUACAACAUGCUAAUGUAUUUAGCAUACAACUAUGACAUUUCCCAUUGCUUAAAUCAGCCUAGCUGCUAGCAGACUUUUCCUCUACUCAUAUGAAGCCUGAACAACAGCGUCAUGUAACAAAAGUAAUGUUACAAAAUUUGGCUCCAUCAUAGCUCACAAGGUUAACUGACAAAACAGUUGUCUAAUGCCGCAUACACACUACACGAUAUCAGCCCGAUUAUAGCUCAACGCAGUGCCGUACCGUGUUGGCUCGGAUCAUGUAUGACAAUGAGCGUAGUUGAUUCAUUCCUAAAGCUGGAUUUGUACUCAUGUGGCAGACCCUACGCCGUAGCCUACGCUGUUGUGAGCAUUUAUACUUGUGCGGUGGUGUGUCUGUGUCACUCUGCA